UUCCUGACAGGCAUGUGGACCAAAGUUGUACUUUACCCGUUACAUCAAGCCAUAUCAUCAUCACAGAGCCGACUACAACAGUUUUAUCAGCUUUGAAUGACGGGAAUAAAACAUUUCACGACGACUUGGCGCUGUCCUUUGACUCCAUGGGUUUACUGAACGCAGGCCAGCUUGCAGUGAGGGCUGUCAGGUGCUACUUGAGUCCCUUCUCAUCACCAAAAUCAUGGCUGUCCACCAAAGCCUCCCAGCUGAGGGACAAGAACAUCCUCCUCAUGGGUCCUCCUGGAGCAGGGAAGACCACGGUGGGCAGGAUUGUGGCCCACAGACUGGGACUUCCUGCCAUUGACGUGGAUGAUGAUGUCUUGGAGACGACAUGGAAGAUGCCCGUCGCUGCCAAGCUGGCUGCAGUCGGCGGUGAGCGAUUCCUGGAGGAGGAAGGCCAGGCUUUGUGUAACUUCUCCUCCUCUGGAUGUGUCGUCUCCCUCACAGGCUCCAACCCUCUUCACUCUGCGGCGAUGCAGCACGUCAGAGAGGCUGGGGUCGUCGUUUAUCUGGACGUGGAUAUUGAAGACAUCAUACAGAGGCUGGAGAGGAUGAAGGUGGACAGGAUUGUGGGCCAGGAGGCGGGGGUGUCCAUGAGGGAUAUUCUGGGAUACAGGAAGCAGUUUUAUGAGAAGUGGGUGGAUGUAAGGGUGCUGUGUGGGAUAAAGGAUACGGUGGAAGAAGUGGCAGAGAAGGUUUUGAAAGCUGUGGAAAGAUAUCAGAACCACUCUGCAGAGAGCUAUGUGUCAACCAGGAGUGAUGGUGGAGAAUCAUCCAAUCAGAAAACCUACUUUAGUGAUGUUGUAAUUGAAGGUUUAGCCACAGACGGAGGCCUUUAUGUUCCUAAAAAUGGCUUUUCAAACAUGGAUGCUCGUGAGUGGCUCAGACUUGUUGACAUGUCCUACCAAGAGCGGACGUUGUUGUUACUAGAAAAGUGCAUUCACCCUUUGGAGGUCCCUGCUUUAGACCUUAGAAGAAUGAUCCUCAAAGCCUAUGGGUCAAACUUUUCCAGUGAGAAAGUAGCGCCUGUAAAACAUUUCCUGAAUAAUCAGUACAUCCAGGAGCUUUUUCACGGCCCCACUGCUUCUUUUAAAGACCUGGCCUUGCAGCUCAUGCCUCAGCUCUUCGCUUACUGCCUCCCUCCGAUGUGUAACUACCUCAUUCUGGUCGCCACAUCUGGAGACACAGGAAGUGCGGUCCUUAGUGGCUUUAAUGGGCUCAGUGGCACCGACAGACACAGGACUGGGGUGCUGGUGUUUUUCCCGGAGGAAGGUGUGAGUGAGAUCCAGAAACUCCAGAUGACAGGUUACAGGGAGGGAAACGUCAGAGCGGUCAGCGUCCGCUCAGACUUUGACUUCUGCCAGAGAUCCAUAAAGAGGAUGUUUGGAGAGUCCGGGCUGACCGGACACCUCGCUGUAGAGUACGGGACGGUCCUCAGCACCGCCAACUCCAUCAACUGGGCGCGGCUGCUGCCACAGGUGGUCUACCAUUCCUCAGCUUAUCUGGAUCUGUGCAGAGAUGGUGUCAUCAAGUUCGGGGACCCCAUCGAUGUUUGCAUCCCUACUGGGAACUUCGGCAAUGCCAUGUCAGCUGUGUACGCCAAGCAGAUGGGCAUCCCGAUAAGAAAAGUCAUCUGUGCGUCCAAUCACAACCACAUCGUCACAGACUUCAUCACCACGGGAGAGUACGACCUGCGGGGCCGGCCUCUGAUUCCCUCCCUCUCCCCAGCGAUAGAUAUCCUGAAAUCCUCCAACCUGGAGCGGUUUAUCCACCACGUCUCACACGGAGACGGCCAUCUUAUCAGGGAGCUUUUUUCUCGUUUAGACAGACAGCGGCUCUUCCAGGUUCCUGAGCCUCUUCUCCGCAGGAUGCAGCAGGAGGUGCAGGCCGGGUGGUGCUCUGAAGACGACUGCUUGGCCGCCAUACGAGGCGUUCACGCGCAGACCGGCUACGUCAUGGACACACACACCGCCGUGGCUAAAGUGGUGGCUGACGAGCUGCAGGACGGCUCCUGCCCCGUGGUGAUCUGCUCCACCGCGCACUACGGGAAGUUCGCCCCUGCUGUGUUCAAAGCCUUACAAAUCCAGAAUAUUCCAGAGGAUCCUGUGGAGCAGCUGAGGACACUCGCAGUGACUGCCACCAAACCCGAACUACACAGAGACAUGAUGAAACGCCUGCAGGAGAGCAGCAGGAGAGGACACACCGCGUGUCAGGCAGAUUAUGGUGUUCUGGUAGACCAGGUGGAGGCCAUGAUCCAGGACUCCUUCCUCAAAGUUCUCUAGGAUUACUUUAAAAUGUGUGGAGGUGAACAGACGUCUGUGUUACAGCCCCUGCAAGGACUUUUUAGCUGAUUAUGGAACUGACUGAAAUGAAUAAUGAUCCCAGUUCAACCUGCUAAAGCAGGGGUGACAAAGUCAGUCACAGCAGGGGCCGAAAUCUGGAUCUAGGUGUAACCUGAGGGCUGAACAGGGUCAGGAUUUAACUGAAAACUAUCAGCCGUGUUUUCACAGGUGAUGAAUUAUAGGGAGAAUUAAACAGUGAUGAUAAAGGAUUUAAAAAUUUCUAAAAAAAAAAAAAAUUCAAAAUGAUUAAAUAUCACAGCAUCAAU